AUGGGAGAGUACAUACGACUACCGCGGAAGAAAUCUUGCCCGCCAUUCGACUUGGGGACCAGGAUACUGAUCGAUCCCAGCACUUAUAGCACUACCUCUGUGACAUGGGACACGAUCACUGUGCCAAUCAAGUUGAAUGCACGGCCAAGGCGGUUGCUGCAAGCGGAGAGGAGAAUCCAGGGAUUUGCUGCAGAAGGGCGGUUUGCUGGCGAGGACGAAGCACUACUUUUGAGGGAGCCUUGCCACGGUCGUGUUGCAGCAAGGCAAGGCAGGUCUGCAUCCCGAUCACCCAGUGGAAUACAUAUUCCGUCACCCAUUGUUAGUUAG